AUGGGGACCACAGAAGCCACGCUCCGGAUGGAAAACGUGGAUGUGAAGGAAGAAUGGCAAGAUGAGGACUUCCCCAGGCCUCUCCCAGAGGAGACGGGGAUGGAUUCGCUGGAUGGACCUGCCGGAGACGCAGCGUCCCCCCCAAACACUUUAAACUUCAAUGGGGCUCAUCGUAAAAGAAAGACGCUCGUCGCCCCAGAGAUCAACAUUUCCCUGGAUCAAAGCGAGGGCUCUCUACUGUCUGACGACUUCCUAGACACCCCGGAUGACCUGGACAUCAACGUGGAUGACAUCGAGACCCCCGACGAGACCGACUCGCUGGAGUUCCUGGGGAACGGCAACGAGCUGGAGUGGGAAGAUGACACCCCCGUGGCCACUGCCAAGAACAUGCCUGGGGACAGUGCAGAUCUGUUUGGGGACAGCACAGCAGAGGAUGGCAGUGCUGCCAAUGGGCGCCUGUGGCGGACGGUGAUCAUCGGGGAACAAGAGCAUCGCAUCGACCUGCACAUGAUCCGGCCCUACAUGAAGGUGGUGACCCACGGAGGGUACUACGGUGAAGGCCUCAAUGCCAUUAUUGUUUUCGCGGCCUGCUUCCUCCCGGACAGCGGCACCCCCGACUAUCACUACAUCAUGGAGAACCUCUUCCUGUAUGUCAUCAGCAGCCUGGAGCUCCUGGUGGCCGAGGAUUACAUGAUCGUGUAUCUGAACGGCGCCACGCCCCGGCGAAGGAUGCCCGGCAUCGGCUGGCUGAAGAAGUGUUACCAGAUGAUCGAUAGGAGGCUGAGGAAAAACCUGAAGUCGUUAAUCAUCGUCCACCCGUCGUGGUUCAUUCGGACGGUGCUGGCCAUCUCCCGGCCUUUUGUCAGCGUGAAGUUCAUCAACAAGAUCCAGUAUGUGCACAGCUUGGAGGACCUGGAGCAGCUCAUCCCCAUGGAGCAUGUCCAGAUCCCAGACUGCGUCCUCCAGUACGAAGAGGAAAGAAUCAAGGCCAGGAGGGAAAGUGGGCGGCCCCAGCCAGAGUUUGUCCUGCCCAGGGCUGAAGAGAAGCCAGAGGCAGCGGCGGCGGCAGCAGUGGAAAGCAGGUAA